AAAGACCGCCCACCUAUUUACGAAACUUUUUGUCUCCACGCGACCUUUUCUCGAGAGGCUUCGCCAUGGUGAAGAACCUAAAAUACCAUAUUAAGCAUAUUCCACGAAGCUGCCAUCGUCACUUCGGCGAAGACUCUCACUGGGCGUUUAGGUAUUAUCUUAGGCCGAAAUUGUAUGUUAUUACUCCCAUUUGUCAAGCCAGACACCACACUUUUCUUUCCCAUCCAUUUACUUCCACCCUACCUGGGACCAUAAAGCAAUACGAAUUUGAUCUUCCAUGUAUCUAUUCCAGCUUCAGCAAUGACACGGGACAAACGGCAAUACAAGCGAAUCACACGGCACAUGUACAGGACGACGGAUUUUGGGAGCUCUGCUACCUAUGCAAAGAAGAAACCCAUCGGUCAAGGCGGCCUCGCGCAAGAUUGGCAUAGAGGCCAUGGAUGCAGACCGCCUCGAAUUCAAAGAUCUCUCCGGCUGAGGCUGGCCAGCGGUACUGGGAAUGGCCACUCCAAAUAUUACUGCUGACAAUCUUGGUUGGUUACGGUCCGGUAAGGUACACUGAAGACCCACGCCUUGCGCAGGCCCAACCUAGCGCGUCAUUUGGCAGAACGGCGGAGCCGAUGAUUACUCGACUUAUUUUUCACCACACCGCUUUUCAGGACGGAAGCGGAGCGAAUAUAUAUUCCCGAAACCAGAGAGGAGCCUCAUAAGUAACUACGCCGAGGGUUCGAAGCUCUAUUCUCAGUCACGAAACCCCCUAGCUUUUUCUUUUCCUUCCCAGCUCUCCUCGUUGGACUCCGUUCCUAUUUCAGGCUCAUUCAACAUGUACCCCAUCAGACGUGUCUACAUACAUUAGCUACUCUUGCUAACCUUCUUCUUAGAUGUCCCCCAUCCAAGGGAAAGAAAAAAGUGACGGUGUUUAUGUGGACCUGCCACAAGUGCGGGAAUGAUCCAAUCAGCGUCAAAACUGAAUUCUGUACACAAUGCAGCCAUCCCAGGCGUCAGAAUUGCAAGACAGAGAAGGUUACUAGGUGACAGGAUACAUGCUCUGGAGAGAGCCGGAGGGAUACCGUCUGCACGAGCAAUCCGUUUUGACCACAUUUCGAGGCUAUUUAAGUGGGGCCCCAUGGCUACUGAGAUUCUAUCUAUUUCCGCGGGUCACGCCAGCUGACCCCGAUGUGGUCCUGGAAGUAAAAUGGUCAGAGGGGGAGAUCGACGUCUGAAGGCAAGUGGAAUGGAAAAAAAUGUGCGCAAAGUGAUGGACGUUUACGGCCGUGGUCUAUCUUCGACAAGCGUAAAUACUUUGGAAUCUCAAAAGGACUGUUUUUCCAAUGUAAGAUAGAACAAAUUCGAGCUUUCGCAACCAGAAUCCAGACAAGACUUGAUCUUA